CUUGCACAGGUCCUCUUAAGUUCGAGUACACAAAUGAAACGAAAAAUGAUGUAAAGUUGGGGCUGAACCCUUAUUCAUGGACAAAGACAGCCAGUGUGAUAUUUAUAGACCUACCAGUUGGCACUGGUUUUUCAUAUGCAAAGACAUGGCAAUCAUCAAGAAGCAGUGAUUCCCUUGUAGUUACUCAUGCAUACGAUUUUAUAAGAAAGGGAUUUUUGAUUGUGAACCCUCUUACGGAUAGGUCCAUAGACUUUAAUUCAAGACCCGAAUUUGCUUAUCAAGCUGCACUUAUAGAAGAGGAAAUCUAUGAGCCAGCAAAAGAAAACUGUGGAGGUGUAUACUUUAAUGUAAACCCAAAUAACACAUUGUGUCUCGACAGUCUUAAACCCAUAUAUGAGUCGAAUCAAUGUAGGUCAAAUAUUAGAUCCGGUUUGCAAUGCACAAGAUCCAAAGACAAUUUGUCGAGAAUCCAUUUAUGCCUAUUCGAGUAUUUGGGCAACAAAAAAUCUGUACGAGAAGCUCUCCACAUUCAUGAGGGGACAGUUGACAAUUUUCAGUUCACCAACAGAAGCAUUCGGGCCGAAUUUGCAAAUGGAAACUCCAUAUAUUACACCUAUGACAUCAACAGUAGUUUAGCUUACUAUAAGCAACUUGCUACCAAAAAGUGUCAUGCCUUGAUUAUCAAUGGUGAUCAUGAUAUGACAUUUCCAUAUAUUGGAACCAAGAAAUGGAUAAAUAGUCUUAAGCUUAGAGUCAAGAGCCCAUGGAGACCAUGGUUCGUUCGUACUCAAGUCGCUGGAUAUGAGAAGACAUAUUCAGAAGCCAAUUUCUCCUUGAAAUAUGGGACUAUUAAGAGAGAGGUUUGGAGUGAAGGGAUGAUAAUGGAGCCAAAAAACAAAAUGCAAAUCUAUCUAAUCAUCCUCGUGCUCAUACUGCAAUUGCACAUGUCACCCUCGACAUGUUCCAAAUCGAUCGUCAAGUAUUUGCCCGGCUUUUCAGGCAAUCUUCCCUUCACUCUUGAAACCGGUUAUGUUGGAGUGGGGAAAGGCGAAGAAGUGCAGUUAUUCUACUACUUUGUCAAGUCUAAAACAGAUCCACAAAAAGACCCAUUGCUACUUUAUCUCACUGGUGGUCCAGGGACAUCCGGCAUUAUUCCCUUCCUUUGUCAAAUCGGUCCACUUAACUUCAAAUACACAAAUGAAACAAAGACCGAGGCAACAUUGAAAGUGAACCCGUAUUCAUGGACAAAGAAGGCUAACAUCAUAUUCAUAGAUUUACCGGUCGGCACUGGAUUUUCCUACGCUAAAACAUGGGAAUCAUCGAGGAGCAAUGAUUCCUUAGUUGUUACUCAUGCGUACGAUUUUAUAAGAAAGUGGCUUAUGGACCAUCCUACGUUUGUCAGUAAUCCAUUGUACAUAACGGGGAUUUCAUACAUGGGAAUUGUCAUUCCAAGACUUGUGUCAAGAAUUUAUGACGGCAAUGAACGGAAUAUUCAACCCAGAUUGAACAUCAAAGGUUACUUGAUCGUGAACCCACUUACAGAUAAGUUCAUAGAUUUUAAUUCGAGAGUUGAGUUUGCUUAUCGAGCUGCACUUAUAGAAGAUGAAAUAUAUGAGCCAGCAAAAGAACAUUGUGGAGGUAAAUACAUAUAUGUAGAUCCAAACAACACAAUGUGUUUAAAUAGUCUUCAACCUGUGAAUGAGUGUAUAGCUCGAAUCAACCUACUACAUGUCUUAGACCCACUUUGUGAUCGACAAGACCCAAAACUAAUUUGUCGGGACUCCAUUUAUUCCUAUGCUAAUAUUUGGGCAAACACUAAGGCCGUAAGAGAAGCUCUUCACAUACGUAAGGGAACAAUAGACAAAUUUCAGUUCAGCAACACAAGCAUCGCAGGUAGAUUUGGGAAGGCAGACUCCAUAAUUUAUUCCUAUAAUAUCUUCAGCAGCAUAGCCUACCAUAAAAAACUGAGCAGUAAAAAAUGCCAUGCUUUGAUUAUCAAUGGUGAUCAUGAUAUGACUUUUCCAUAUAUGGGCGUGAAGCAAUGGAUAAACAGUCUCAAUCUUAGAGUCAAAAGCCCAUGGAAACCAUGGUUCAUUCAUACUCAAGUUGCCGGAUAUGAGAAGGCAUACUCCGAAGCCAACUACAGUUUGAAAUAUGCAACUAUUAAGGGUGCUGGUCAUUCUGUAGCAAUAUACAAGCCUGAAGAAUUGAUGGUCUUAGUACAAAACUGGCUUGCUUCUCACGCUGACUCUACAAAAUCGUAGACACUUAACUAACAAAAUAGUUACCAAACAGUAAUUUAUUUUGAUUAGAAUUGACCAACUUUGUUUUACUGUACAGUAAAACCAGUUUUACAGUCACAUACAUUUCUUGGCACAGAUGUCAAGCUUGGAAAUUAAUAAUGUUAUUUGUGCCCAAAAACUUCCUGUAUGAAUGUUGAAAUGUAUUAGAAUUUGAAAGUUGUGAGGUAAUAGCAUUGUGGUUACUGGUCA